AUGUCGUCUUCCAACAACAGCAACGCCUGGCUCAAGGCCAAGAAAAAGACUGAGCUUAGCGACAUUGCCGACAAGAUUGGUCUUAAGAGCUACAAAGAUCUCAAGAAGAGCGACCUCGAAGCUGCUCUCGACGACUUCAUUUCUCAGCAUGCCUCGCGUUUCUCUGCCAACCCCGACCUCACCGGUUACUUCACCAGCCGCUCCAAGGCCCUCACCUCCCCCAUCAAGAAGGAGAAGGAUAGCGUAAAGGACGAUGUUGAAAAGUCUCUCAAAGUCGUCAAGCGUAGAGUCACCAAAGCUGCCGACGAGAUUGCUGCCGAGGUCAACUCGAGCGCCGUCCUCCGUACCCCUGCUCGCACCCUUUCUCAGGUUGCUUCUCGCGUCCCUCUUCCUGCUUCUCCCGCGGAUAUUGCCUUUGCUGUUGACCGCUCCACUGUUGCUAUGCGCAAGCGCGUCGCCUCAAUUUAUCAGGAAAGCGGCAUCACCGAGGCUUCUAAUGCCACUCGCGAGACUCUCAGCACCGUGACCAGUGUUCUCUUCUCCGUCGCCGCUUUCGAGCUCUACUACAUUCGUCCGGCCAUCCUCGCCAACCGCUUUGCCUUCACCAUUCCCGCCAUUUCCGCCAUCGGCACCAGCGACUACAACGUCUACCUCCCCGACAUGUUCCUGCUUUUGACCUCGAGCUUUUGGUCACCCGCUCUUACCUGGGUUUUUACCGCCAUCCUCGUCCCCAGCAUCGUUGGCUACUUCUUCAACAUCUCUGCCAACAGCCACGCUGGUCCUCGCACUCGCGCCCGCGCCCUCAACGAGACUGUUGUCGAUCCUCUCAGCUUCAGCAUCGCCAAGGCCGUGCUGUCAUACGUUGUCUACGCCCAGGGUGUCACAUUCGGUGGCCUUCUCUCCGAGUUUUCCGUUGCUCGCCUCAACAACGCCGUCUAUGGCGGUUACCAGGGCAUCCUGGUUGGCACUGCCAUUACCGGCCUUGUCGCUAUCUACGACGCUGCCCUCAAGAAGUAG